AUGGCUUUGGAUUUUACAACCUUUCAUAAUGUUAUCGACAACGAAUUGACAUCCACGACGCAAACCCGUCAUGGAAUUAACCCGGCCAACUGCCAGCCCAACCCCGAGGUGCCAGUCUCGACGGCAGAAGAUCUCGAUCGCGCAGUGGAUGCUGCCAGCCGAGCGUUUCGUCAAUGGUCACGGACCUCGUUUGACGAGCGUCGCACUGUCAUCCAUUCCUAUGCUGAUCUCAUCGCGGCCAAUAAAGAAGGAUUGGCGGCACUUCUGUCCCGCGAGCAGGGCAAAUCCCUGAGCCAGGCAUCGACCGAGCUGGACAUGGCCAUUCAGUGGACCCGUUCGCUCAGUACCAUUGCCAUCCCCAAGACGGUUGUCAGUGAGACAGAAGACCGCGAAGUUAUUCAGCGCUAUAUUCCCAUCGGUGUGGCCGCCGCUAUUGUGCCCUGGAACUUUCCCGUACUGUUGGCUAUCGGCAAAAUUGUCCCGGCUGUAUACACGGGUAACACUAUUAUCGUCAAGCCCUCCCCAUACACGCCAUACUGUGAUUUAAAGCUGGCAGAACUGGCAGCCCAAUGCUUUCCGCCGGGCGUGGUGCAGGCGCUUAGUGGGGGUGAUGAUUUGGGGCCGAUGAUUACCGAGCACCCGGGCAUUCAGAAGAUUAGCUUCACGGGUUCAAUAGCUACGGGUCAGCGUGUCAUGGCUAGUUGUGCCAAGACUUUGAAGAAAGUGACACUGGAAUUGGGCGGGAAUGACCCCUGCAUUGUCUGCGAGGAUGUGGACAUUGAUGCUAUAGUUCCCCAGAUUGCCUUUCUCUCCUUCCUAUGCUCCAGUCAGAUCUGCAUGAUGAUCAAGCGCCUGUACGUGCAGGAGAAGAUCUACGAUGAGUUCCGCGACAAACUUGUCCAGCAUGUUCAAAGCCUGAAGAUGGGCGAGGGGACCGAGCCGGAUGUAUUUAUUGGGCCUCUGCAAAACAAAAUGCAAUACGACAAAGCCACCGAUCUUCUUAACAACAUCCAUUCCAGCGGUUUCAGCACCCUCUCCAGCCAUUCCAUCCCAGACCGAACUGGCUACUUCAUCACUCCGACAAUCGUCGACAACCCGCCUGAGACAUCCCGCGUCGUCCAGGAGGAGCCAUUCGCUCCAAUCCUGCCGCUUCUCAAAUGGUCCGACGAGACGGACGUGCUUGCGCGCGCCAACAACACCGAUUACGGCCUAGGGGCAUCUGUCUGGAGCCGGGACCUGCAGCGCGCACGACGCAUGGCAGAUCAGCUCGAGGCUGGCACAGUCUGGGUGAACUCGCACUUCGAAUGUGCACCAUCCGUACCAUUCGGAGGACACAAGAAGAGCGGCCUGGGAGUCGAGUGGGGAUUGAACGGACUGACAGGAUGGUGCAACUCGCAGACUCUGUGGUUACCAAAGCUUUAA